GGAGAAAAUUUGAGAAGCACGAAAUCGAAUCAGAAUAUCCCCAAUAAAAGAUAACAGCAUCAAAGUUACUACAAAGAUACUCGACUUUUCGUUCCGUCGCCGAUUCAAUUUAUAUACAAUCUUUCACACAUGGUCCAUUCAGGUUACACCUCCCAUGAAAAUUGCGGGAAACGUGAUUGGAUGGAUUUAUACCUGUUUGAAUAACAAACGACUAGACACGGCAAUAAAAUAAGCAUACAGGAUAGAGACUCCAAAAGAUCCAAAGAUACGAUGGCGCCGGUACAGAUCACAGAAGAUUAUUACGCCGUCCUUGAGAUUGAGCAAACGGCCACUCAAGAUCUAAUAAUUCGAUCCUAUAGAAGGCUUGCGCUGAAACUGCAUCCUGAUCGAAAUGAUAAAGCUGAUGCCACGGAGGCGUUUCAGUUGCUUGGAAAAGCCUACGAGACGUUGAAAGAUGAGAGCAAACGCCGCGUCUACGACAUCAAAUACCCCUCCAUCAAAAAAGGUGGAACAAUGCCCCAGAGCAAUUCAAAACCUCAAUACAAACCGGAACCUCGAACAUCCGCAUCUGCGUCGUCCAAACUCACUGAUGCGGCACAAAUCGCUGCAUUGCGAAAGGCAAAGCAGGAACGUGCGGCGCGAUGGUCGACCAAGAAAAAUGCAUUUGAGUCUGUGAUCUCGCGGUUGCAGAAAGAUAUUCAAAGUUUGAAGCAGUCAAUUGAGCUUUUGAAGAAAAAUGACGCUAUCGAAGACGUGGAAGAGGCAUGGAGAAAUGGUUGGGGUGCGUGGUUGUUAUCUCCGGUCAUCAAGAGAGCUGUGGUUAGUGAGGAUGAAAAAGAGCGAAAGGAUAGGAGCAGACAGGAACGAAAGAUUGAGAUGAAUCUGAAGGAGCGGCGAAUCGAAGCGAAGAGUACGGAAUUGGAUAAGGAGAAAGCUUUGCUGCUAACGGCGCAAAGAGAAGUGGAACUUGCGGAUCAGGUUGAUGAUGGGAAGAUAAGAAUGAUUGAAGAAAAAAUCAAGGCUGAAGAACAGAGGCAAGCAGAUGAAAGAGCGAGGGUAUACAGAGAAAGGAUGGCAGAGGCUCGGAAAAAAGAGCAAGAAGAGCGAGACAGAAAAGCAGCAGAAGAUAUGAGAAAGCGUGAAGAAGAGUUGAGGACAUAUCAAGAAGAGAUGAUGAAACGCAAAGCAGAACUACAGGCCGCAAUAGAAAAGUCGAGAAAGGAAGAAGCGAAGCGACGAGCAGCAGCACAGAAACACCAGGAGGAGCGAGACAGACAAUGGAAAAACGACAUUGAUGACAAAAACAAAUGGAAUAGCCGCUACGACUUCUCUGGCCAUGAUGAUGACUUCUUCGCAUCGGGGGAAACUCUGCACGAACCUCUUAACUGUCGGCAUGGCGGUUGGUGGUCGAAGAUCGAAGGCCGAGAUAACUGUCCGCGGUGUUAUGAAAGCUGGACGUACUUGUUGAAGUGCCCUACGUGGGGAUGUCGUAUGAAAGCGUGUCCAAAGUGCCAGGCUGAUAUACGACCGAGACGAGGACGGCAUCUGUGAGCGAGAGCGAGAAGCCCCAGUCCAAAGUCAUUUGGACGACGGGGAAAGAGCCGGAAUCCAGAGCCAUAUACAGAUUAUGACUAUUAUUGAUGCGGCCUUUUAAGUAGCUGGCGUCGAAAAGUUGAGCAGCGAAUGCACAAUUUGCAGAAUGACAGUUGUAGAUGUAGUUUUAUCGAUAGGAUGAGGGAUUAUUAUUAUGUUGUUAGUCGUUGCAUUUGUAGUAAGAUACUAAAAUUAUUGAAAUGAAACAUAUACACA